AUGCCGCUUUUUAGCAGCAAAUUCACACCAAAAACAAUUCCGGUGCGAAGACAAGAUACAUCAGUAAUACGAAACGAGUUCGGAAGUGAUUAUGCAUCAAAGGAAUUAUCGAUAGACUUAUGCCCUCUGAAGUUAAAAUUAGGCGAUUUUGAAGUGACAUUUGAAGAAGGCCAAUGGAUACCAGCGUCCGGUCGGGCCGGUGCGGCGCACAAGGAGAACUUGCGGUUGAAGAGGGAACUGGAACAGCUUGAGGAGGAAAACAACAUGCUGCGACUCAAGUUUGAGAUACUGCUCGACAUGAUGACGGAUAAGACCGUCGAAGCGGAGAAUCAGGAGAUGCAGCGCGCCCAGAGCCUCGGCUCAUUAAAGCACAAGAGUAAGAAGCAGAAAUGG